GAACACGUAGCCAAGCUGUGUAUGUACGUCAGCUGAAAUGAACAAGAUUUUACCAUAUUACAUGAUUUCUCCGAACGGAACAAAUUGGUGAGUUAUUGGUUUUUCCAAUACUCAGACGGGGAUCAUCAAGGUGCAGAUGUGAAUGGAAACAUGCCCAGAAAGCUGAGACAGACGAAUCAAAAAGCUCGUGGUCGGCAACAGAUAGCUACUGAUGGAUUACACAAUAAUGUGAAGAAUUCCCUUCACGGGCCGAAGGUGACAGAGGCUGUGCCAUCACCAGCCGGUCCUGUGAAGAUAUUCGACCCAACCCAGCCGCUGCAACCAACAGGUAACACUGAGAAUGCUCCGCUGCCUACGGCAGCUGCCCCUCAGCUCGCCCAGCCGUACCCCGCGGCGGCUGUCCACGGUUACAGCGACGGAUGCGGAGAAAACGAGCAGCGUGCGCCGGCUGUAGAUGGCAGCCAGUACUACGCGCAGUACGGGCAUCCGACGGGCGACGUUGGUGAGCAGUAUUCCCAGCAGGGCGCCCCGGUAGUGCAGUACGACCAGUACCAGUGGUCGCAGCAGUGCGGCUACGCUAACCCCGCGCAGGGCUACGCGGGCGAGCAGACUCAUCCCGCUGCGUACCCACUAGCCGACCCGCAGCAGCAGAAGGGUGACAUCUCACAGCAGUCGUGGCCGAACACGGACGAGGGCGUAGACGGACUCGCGGGCGCGCAGCAGCACAGCUGGCACGCGUACCAGUACGGAGACUGGCACGGGCAGGAGAUCCGCGCGGCAGCGGGCGCGAACUUUCAGCAGCCCGCGCAGGGUCCGACCAGCGGCGACCCGUCCCCCGAUCAGUAUGCCCCCCAGGACGCACACCACGGGCAAGAGCCCUUACCGACGGCUGGCGAGUACGCGUCCGGUUACGUCGAGGGCGUGUCGGCGGCGGACGCGUGCCCGCAGGAGUGGGGGCAGGGAUACGAGCAGCGCACGUACCCCGAGCCUGUGCCACAGCAUACCGAGGAUACGGUAGCGGCGGCGAUGCAUAACGACGCGGGCACCAGCGUGCAGGCCGAGGCACGGUCCUUCGACGCCGGCAGCGUCGACUACUGGGGUAACAUCGGCAGCGGGUGCGAGCCGGCAGCCGUGGUGGAGACGCCUGCUGUGGAGGAGCCGGCGGAGCUGCAUCAGCUGCCCGUCAUCACCCAGGCGGACGCGCAGAUCAACACAGCGUCAACGUUCUUCGGCCGGAGCAGCAGCGAAAGCGAGUUCGAGUUCAUCUCGAAGGAGAACGAAGAUGGUGGCGGCGCGGGCGAGGCGGCGGCGGUGGCGCCCCUCGGCUACACGCUCAGCUGUCACAGCUCGAUCAGCAACUCGAGUCUGCAGACGAUCAAUCUCUCGCGUCGUGAGUCGUGCGAGCAGGUGGCCGCCGACGCUCGGCUUGACCCCGCGGCCGGCCACGACGGCAAUCAUCUCUCACUGCCCGACGGGCAGAACGGUCAGCGACACCACCGGUCAAACUCAGAGCCGUUUGACCAUGAGGAAGCAGCGGCCCGCGAGGAGGGCGGACGUGACUUGCCGUUGGCGCCGCAUCCACCUCCGGUCGAUUUCUUUCUGCCUUCGCUCGGCGGCACGCCCACGGCCGAGUCGCACGAAUCGGCACCAGCGCAAUUCGCAGGCGAAGAUAGUUCUGCGCUAGUCGGCAGUUCUGCGACGGCGGGCGUCGCCAUCGAAGCGGCGACUGCAUUCACAGGUGAGGCGGCGUCGCCUUCUCCCAUCCCUGAUCACAAUAUUGAGUCCACCGCAGACGCCAUGCAAGAGACGAAGCCAUCGAUCGCGAUGCUGUCUCAGAGUUCCGAAAGCCAGCAGUCGGAGGGGAGCGCAGCAUCACAUGUCAGUGCCACCUGUCAUCCAGGUGAAGCCAUCCAGGGAGAGCCUAGUGCGAUCGAUGGUAUCGCGGAGCAAACCGGGGCCCGCCUCGACGUCGCUGCUGAGGAGGAGAAGCAGGCGGAGGGGGAGGAGGAGGAGGGGGUGCCCGCGUACCACGCGCACCCGUCCUACACGCAGGAGAAGAUCCGCAGCGCGUUUCCCGAGGCGAUGCAGCCGACGAGCCUGCUGCCGGCGGCCGACGUCUGUGCGGCGACGCCGAUCAUCUUCAGCCCGCCGCAACUGGGCAACAUCUUGACCUACCAGACGCCGUCACCCGUGGCCAGCGUCUCACCCGCGCGCGACAGCAGCGCGCAGUACGACUGCGACGUGAUGCAGCCACCGCAUCUGGCGACGCCUGCGGGGACCGUGCCCUUUGGGAUUCCGUCAGAGAGCGUGGAUAACCGUCAAGAUGCCGUCGACAGCCGCAGGGUUCCCGCGCCGGGCGGCGACGGCGGGAUGCCGUACGCCGUGCCCUCAGUGCCUCAGCCCGCUGCGCUCCCGCAAGUGGAGCAAUCUGGCUUCCCACCACAGCCGAUACUGCAGCCGAUGCAGUCUGCCGUCUUCGUACCGGAGCCCGCAGGAGCAAGCAUGGAUGUCAUCGUCAGCUCGUCUCACGAUGCGAGCCUGGACGGCGUCACGCCGAUACCGGCGUUCGCACCGCAGCCGCCCGAGCCGGCGGUCACGAUCCGGCAUGUCCCCGGCAACGGCAUCGGGCACGCGUUCGCGCCGUACGAGCGUCCGCCGGACCUCGUCGCGCCCGCGAAGCACGAGGCAGACGACCGGCGGCAAGCCGGCGCCAACGGGGAGAUCGAGAAACCGAGGAGCGAGCGGCCGGAGGAGGACGGACGACGUGCCGACGGCCGGUACCGAGACGAGCGGAGGAGCGACAGGGACGGUGAUAGAAGCGAGCGCGAGUACAAGAGGAGAGACGACGACAGGCGCUACGACAGGGACGGCAAGCGAGACCACAGGGACGAUCGGAGGCAGGAUCGAGACUACAGGCGCAGAGACGGCGAUGACAGGCGACAGAAGCGGCCGGCGGGACGACCACGGCAACAGGAGAGGCCACAGGGACGACGAGAGAGGUGA